UCAUAUCCUGUUUUUGCCCAGAAUACAAGCUUGUUUCUUUGCCCGACCCGAGAACCCGGAACCAAACCACCUUCAAAUAGAAACGUUAUAACAGACGAGGCGAGCUAGGGUUUUUGCAUUCGUAGUCCACGACGAGAGCCAGAGCACCAGACCGAUAAACCAUGACUCGGUUGAGCUCGGAGCAGGUCUUGAAGGAAAGCGAAACCAGCGACCCCAACUCCGUCACAUCUCUCAAGCUCAGCUGCAAAGCUCUCUCCGAUGUCUCGUGCUUGAGCGACUUCACCAACUUGGAGAGACUCGACCUCAGCUUCAACAAUCUCACUUCUCUCCAGGUUUUGGAGGCUUGUGUCAAUUUGAAGUGGUUAGCUGUUGUGCAGAACAAACUGGAAAGCUUAAAUGGAAUUGAAGCUCUUUCUAAGCUCACUGUAUUAAAUGCAGGCAAAAAUAAGCUUAGAUCAAUGGAUGAGAUCAAAUCUCUUGUGAGUUUACGUGCAUUAAUUUUGAAUGAUAAUGAGAUUAUCUCCAUUUGCAAGCUUGAUCAAAUAAGCGACUUGAAUACUCUCGUUCUUUCUAGAAAUCCAAUUUGUGAAAUUGGGGAAUCUCUAGUGAAGGUGAAGUCUAUCACAAAGCUCUCCUUCUCUAAUUGUCAACUUCAUACUAUUGGCUCUUCACUCAAGUACUGUACUGAAUUGAAAGAGCUCCGGCUUUCCCACAAUAGUAUCAGGACUCUUCCAGCUGAGUUGGCUCGGAAUAAGAAACUCCAGAAUUUGGACUUGGGGAAUAAUGCCAUCAUAAGGUGGUCAGAUCUGGAGGUGCUGGCUUCAUUAGUUAAUCUGAAAAAUCUCAAUCUACAAGGAAACCCUGUUGCUGAAAAGGGUAAAUUAGCAAAAAAGAUCAAAGAAGUUCUGCCAAAUUUGAAGAUAUUCAACACUAAACCGGCAGAUAAGUACACCAAUAACAGUGAUGGAAUUGAUAAAGUUGAUGAUUCUUAUGUAAAUUCUACUAACAAGGUGGAAGUUCAGAAGGACAAGAAAAGAGACGACUUCAUGAAGAACUCCAAACAUCAUGUAAUGGCUCAAAGCAAAGAUGGUCCUAUUGAUAAUGCUGAAGGUAUACAUGUGGAGAAGUUGAAGCGAAAAAGGCAGAAAACAAGCGACAAUGUGUCUGAAAACGUAGUUUCGUUUCAUGGGGAUGAGAAAAGAGGUGACAUCAAGAAAAUGAACUCCAAAUAUCAUCUCAAGGAUCUAGGCGAAGAUAGUCCUCUUGAUAAUGCUAUAGGUGUUGAUGUUGAGAAGAAAUUGAAGAAGAAAAGGUCGAAAACAAAUGACAUUUCGUCAGAAAAAGAAACUCCCGUGUUUGAGGAUGAGAGAAGAGAUGAUAUUAAGAAAAACAACUCCGAACAUCACGUUGUGGAACUAAGUAAAGACAAUGCCAAAGAUGUUCAUGUAGAGAGAGAAUCUAGGCACAAGAAGCAGAAGAAUGACAAGCUCUCAAAAAAACAAGUUCCAGUCCAUGAGGAGGUUGAUGCCAAGGUUGAAAAGAAACUAAAGAAAACGAAUGCGAGGCAAGGUGCGCUUGAUGUUAUUGAUGAUCCAGAAGCUUCAUUUAUGGAGAUUUUUGCACCUGACAAUGCAGAAAAUCCCAAAUAUGACGAUAAAAAGAAGAUAGCUAACAAAGCUAUUAAAGACAUGAAGACGUUGGAUGGAUUAGUUUCCAUCUCCGUCAAGAAAAAGAGAGCUAAAAGCCAUGGUGUUGACCCUGCACCCCACAUAUCCCCCACACUUGAAAUUGGACUUGGUGGACCUUCAACAUGGGGUGACGAAUGAAUGAGUGCACUGUGAAGGAGCUUGCAAAUGGUUCUGGACUUCUUAGAUUGGCUACUCUGACAUCUUGGGCGAGCUUUGAACUCAUUGUCUUGUUUAAAAAUGGGCUACUCAAAAGUUGAGUUGGACUGUCCACAU